AUGAUCUUCGGCCUCGAGCCCAUCGCAUUCCAUCGCGCCGAACUCGUACAAGCUCUCUUAGAAGGCCUUUCCGAAGAAGCAAGGAAGAAAUACUAUGUCGGCCAGAAAGUGGUCGACAUCGCGACAACCGAAACCGGCGUCGUAGUCACCUGCGCGAACGGCACCACGUUCACCGGAUCUAUGGUCCUUGGCGCUGAUGGAGUGCACAGCCAAACGCGCAAGAUCAUGCACAAGCUCUCAGCAGAAGACCGCUUCUCAGCCUGCCGCAACCCGGAACCGCCGUUCUCCGCCCACUACCGUUGUCUAUGGUCCAACACACCGCGGCCAUGCGCAGCUGGUCUGGGGAACAACACACAAGGGAAAUACCGAUCGCUCAUGUGGAUUACCGGCCGUGAACGCGCUUGGUUAUUGCUGUACGAGAAACUGCCAGAACCGACCCUGAAGCCGAAACGAUAUACAAAGGAGGAGAUGGACGAGUUCGCUGCCAGCUUCGCGGACUGGCCCGUCAACGACGAUUUGAAGGUCAAAGAUAUCUACGAUAGCUCGACCGCGGGCAUGUCAAAUCUGGACGAGGGCGUGCUCGAGCAUUGGAGCUUGGGACGCAUCGUACUCGCGGGCGACGCAUGUCACAAGUUCACGCCAAAUGCCGGCCUAGGAUUCACAAACGGCAUCCAGGACGUCGCAUUGCUUUGCAACCUACUACACAAUGCGACAAAGUCAAGUGCAGGCUCCGACAUAAGCUCCGACGCUCUCCAACAGAUCUUCCAGGAAUACCAGUCUUCGCGGAAAGAGCCAACUGCGUUUGACUUCGGUGUCUCGGCUGCCGCGACUCGCAGUCACGCUUGGGCUACCCCAAUCUACUGGUUUGUGGGCAGAUUCAUCUACCCGCUCUACGCUUUUCAAUGGCUUUUGAUGAAGUAUGUUGUGGCCCCGCGAAUGAAGCAAAGUAGGGUGUUGGACUACGUCUUCGGGGAGGACCGCAUACAAGGCCGCAUUCCAUGGGCCUAUCCUAUCCACACAAAAGGGAAGGAUCUGUGA